CCUCUGCCUCUCCUUUUAACCGACCUCGAAGCGUAUUCUCUCAUUCUUCCCUUCAUCGAAAAUGGCCCCGAUGAACUACUUCCUCCUGUUUCUUGUCCUUCUGCCUUCGAUCAAUCCUAUGAACACUGAAACCCCACCAAACAAAGAGACCCCCGACUUGCAGCUUCUCCUUUCUCAGGCUUGCAAUGGCGUGGAAGACCAGGAUUCGUGCUUCUCAAACAUGCACCGAGAGCUCGAGAACAUUGGCACUCGCAACCCGGCCUCGGUCCUCAAUGCCGCCCUGGCAACCACCCUUGACAAGACAAAACAGGCCAUUAAUAUGAUCACGAGGUUCACGGCUUUGUCUGUCAACUACCGUGAGCAGGUGGCAAUCGAUGACUGCAAGGAGCUCCUGGACUUCUCUGUGUCCGAGCUUGCCUGGUCCCUGGGCGAGAUGAAAAGGAUCCGGGCAGGUGACGAGAAUGUCCACUAUGAAGGCAACCUGAAGGCCUGGUUAAGCGCGGCUCUGAGCAACCAGGAUACGUGCAUCGAGGGCUUUGAGGGCACUGACGGGCGAGUGGAGAAUUUUAUUCGGGGUAGCUUGAAGCAGGUUACGCAGCUCAUCAGCAACGUACUGGCUUUGUACACUCAGCUGCAUAGCCUGCCCUUCAAGCCACCCCGAAAUAGCACUGCGAACAAAGAGAACACGUAUUUCCCUGGCUGGAUGACCGAGGGGGAUCAAGGAUUGGUGAAUUCUAGCCCUACUGGUAUGCAUGUAGAUGCGGUCGUGGCACUUGACGGGAGCGGGCACUACCGGACGAUCGCUGAAGCCAUCAACGAGGCUCCUAGUUAUAGCAACAGGAGGUAUGUAAUAUAUGUGAAGAAGGGGAUUUAUAAAGAGAACAUCGAUCUGAAGAGGAAGAAAACGAACAUAAUGUUCGUCGGAGAUGGAAUCGGGGCCACUGUGGUGACUGGUAACCGAAAUUUCAUGCAGGGUUGGACUACCUUUCGAACUGCUACUGUUGCUGUCUCUGGAAAAGGGUUCAUAGCACGAGACAUGACCUUCCGUAACACAGCCGGCCCAGUGAACCACCAGGCUGUGGCGCUGAGGGUCGACUCAGACCAGUCAGCGUUCUACAGGUGCAGCAUGGAAAGCCACCAGGACACAUUAUAUGCCCACUCCUUGCGUCAGUUUUACAGAGAAUGCGAUAUUUAUGGCACGAUCGACUUCAUCUUCGGCAAUGGUGCUGCUGUCCUCCAGAGCUGCAAGCUCUACACCCGAGUGCCCCUGCCUUUGCAGAAGGUCACCAUCACGGCGCAGGGCCGGAAGAGCCCGGACCAGAGCACAGGAUUCACAAUCCAGGACAGCUAUGUCUUGGCCACAGAGCCCACUUACCUCGGCCGACCGUGGAAGCAAUAUUCUAGGACUGUCUUCAUUAACACUUACCUGAGCAGCCAAGUUCAACCCAGGGGCUGGCUUGAGUGGUUUGGGGACUUUGCAUUGAACACGUUGUGGUACGGAGAGUACAGGAACUAUGGCCCCGGUGCUUCGCUCUCUGGUCGGGUCACCUGGCCUGGUUAUCACAUAAUUCGGGAUGCUUCCACCGCUGAGUACUUCACUGCUGGGCGGUUCAUCGACGGGAGAGCCUGGCUGCCUUCCACAGGGGUCAAGUUCAAGGCUGACCUCGGCAAUUAGAUAAUACGCUAUAUAUGAAUUUGUUUACGUUGUUAUUGCAUAUCUGCCCUAAUUUCGCUAGGCUUGAUUAGAUUAUAGAUUGGAUGUACAAAAUAGUUGUUGUACCAAUAACCCGAGAUCAGUUCAUUGAUCAAAACGUACUUUGAAAUUCAUGUGAUCUCGACAGGGGUGUAAGCAAAUUAGUCUUGCUUCGUAGCUAUUCAGUAUCGGCCUUGAUAAGUACUGUA